AAAAUUUGGGUAUAUAAGCUUGGGCCAGGAGCUCAAUUAGCAUCGAAAGCAUCUCAAGCUAUUAGCAACCAUCAAAUAUGCAGUCCAACAAGGUUUUCUUCCUGUUCUUCGGUGUCCUCGCCAUGGUGAUCGCCGUAAGUCUCUCCUCCGAAGCUGUGAACCAGGACAGCGAUGGCAUCAGCGAUCGGCGCUUCCGUUGGGAGUUCUCAGAGGAUUCCGAUGAGUCUGCAAAUGACCUGCAGGAGGCUAGGGACGGGCAGGACGAUAGUGGAAGCGAAGGAUCCGACAUAACCAUCUCUGAGUCCAUCGAAUAUCAACCAGCUUCCUCAAAAAGUAUUGAAAGCGGUUCCACUGAAGCCUAA